GAAGGGAAGCUGAGGGCGCGCGAGGCGCGGUCAGCGGGCUCCCGCGCGCAGAUAUCAUAACCUUAAGAAUGCAGUCAGUUUGUCAGAGAGUUGGCACUUGUUCCUCAUGUUUGACGAGACAACUAAAUGGCUUCCUGGGAUUAAUUAAAUGGCAGAGAAGACUGGUUCCUCCUUCUGUCAGAACUAUUUACAGUGAGACGGGGAAAUGGGAAAAAAGCUAUGGGUUGGAGACAAGAAAAAGAGUUGAAAAUUGGUGGCUCCCGAGAUUAAAGGAUCAGGUCUGCAGAAUUUCAGAAACUAAUAAAUCAAGACCAAAAUUUUAUGUGCUUUCUAUGUUCCCAUACCCUUCUGGAAAGCUUCACAUGGGCCAUGUUCGUGUCUACACCAUCAGUGAUGCAGUAGCUCGGUUCCAGAAAAUGAGAGGGAUGCAGGUGAUAAAUCCAAUGGGAUGGGACGCAUUUGGUUUACCAGCAGAAAAUGCUGCAGUUGAACAUGGGCUUCACCCUGCAAGCUGGACACAAAGGGAAACUUUUCUUUGUGCUUCAAACCCACACAAAGCCCAUGUUCUCUGGUUUUGUGUACAGGAAAUAACCACUUGCUUACCAGAGUACUACAAAUGGACACAAUAUCUCUUUCUUAAGCUUUUUGAAGCUGGGAUAGUGUAUCAAAAAGAGGCCUUGGUUAAUUGGGAUCCAGUGGAUCAGACUGUUCUAGCUAAUGAACAGGUGGAUGACAAUGGUUGCUCAUGGCGUUCAGGAGCAAAAGUGGAACAGAAAUACCUCAAACAGUGGUUUAUCAAAACUACUGCUUAUGCAAAGGCUAUGUUUGAUGCUUUGUCCGAUCUCCCUGAGUGGUAUGGUAUAAAAGAAAUGCAAGCAAAUUGGAUAGGUGACUGUGUUGGAUGCUAUCUUGACUUCUUGCUAAAGGUUAAUGGUGAAGUAACAGGAGAGAAGCUAGCAGCUUACACCUAUACACCUGAAGCCAUCUAUGGAGCUUCCCAUUUAUAUAUCUUACCAACUCACAGACUGCUGCAUGGGAAUAGCAGUCUCAAGGAAGUCUUUCAGAGGGAGUUCGUCCCAGGGAAAGACUCACUCACUUCAGUGAUAGCUGUGAAUUUGCUUACCGAUCAGGAGAUUCCUGUAGUCAUUUCAGCAAAAACCAGUUUUGGGAAUUUUCUUGAUACUAAAAUAGGAAUUCCUAGUACUAGUGCAGAAGAUGCUGCAGUAGCUAAGAAUCUGGGCAUUUCUUUCACUGAAGUCAUUGAGACAUUGCCAAAUGGUUUGGAGAAAGUCAUUAAUUCUGCAGAGAUCACAGGCAUGACUCGGCAAGAGGCUUUAAAAGCUGUUACCCAGCAGGCCAAAAAUAAAAGAAUAGGUGGAGACCUAACGAGUGACAAAUUAAGAGACUGGUUAAUAUCUCGACAGCGGUACUGGGGAACACCUAUUCCUAUCAUUCACUGCCAGACAUGCGGCACUGUCCCCGUGCCUUAUGAAGACUUACCUGUGGUGUUGCCCGAUGUAAGCACCUUCACAGGAAAGGGAGCCUCACCUUUAGAAACAGUUCCAGAAUGGGUGAACUGUUUCUGUCCCAGGUGUAAGGCAGCAGCACGGCGAGAAGCCGAUACCAUGGACACAUUUGUUGAUUCCUCUUGGUACUACCUGAGGUACACGGACCCUCACAACAGGGACAGGCCCUUUCACAGUGAUUUAGCAGACUACUGGAUGCCUGUGGAUUUGUACAUCGGAGGAAAGGAGCAUGCAGUUAUGCACUUAUUCUAUGCAAGGUUUUUCAGCCAUUUUUGCCAUGAUCUAAAGAUGACAAAACACAAGGAGCCUUUCUGUAAACUCUUGGUUCAAGGUCUUAUCAAGAAUCAGACAUUCAGGCUAACAACAACAGGCCAGUGUUUGAAGAGAGAAGAGGUUGAUCUCACUGGAACUGAACCAGUUCACCUAAAAACUGGUGAGAAGCUCCAAGUUGCUUGGGAAAAAAUGAGCAAAUCUAAGCACAAUGGAAUAGACCCUGAAGAAUUAGUCAAAGAGUAUGGCAUUGACACCCUACGUCUUUACAUUCUGUUUGCUGCUCCUCCAGAACAAGAUAUUUUGUGGGAUGCUAAAACUGAUGCUAUGCCAGGUGUUCAGAGAUGGCAGACGCGCCUCUGGGCGCUUGUAACCAAACUUAUUGAAGCAAGGACUUCAGGAACCAUGCCCAAUCCUGAGCUUCUGAAUAAGAAAGAGAAGGCUGAAGCCAGAAAGAUCUGGGAGCAGAAGAAUCUGGUGAUUUCUGAGGUAACAGAGUACUUCACAAAGGAUCAUUUGUUCAAUGCAGCUAUCUCCCGAUUGAUGAGCCUCACUAAUAUACUCCAUCAAGCUUCUCGGCCUCUUAUUCUCCACAGCACAGAAUUUGAAGAUGCUUUGGCUUCACUCUGCAUUAUGGUUGCACCUAUGGCUCCACACAUUUCAUCAGAGAUGUGGAAAGGUUUGGCACAUAUGCAGAAUAAACUUUGUACUCAUCAUCACUGGGAUGCUGAUGUGCUGCAUCAGUCCUGGCCCAAAGUAGACCCAGAGUUCCUUCAGCCGCCAGAUGUUGUGGAGAUGUCUGUUCUGAUCAAUAACAAAGCUUGUGGCACAGUUUUUGUGCCUCAGCAAGCAGCCCGCAAUUUUGAAGAAGUCCACGAGCUAGUUCUUCAAAGUGAACUUGGUGUCAAGCAUCUCCAGGGACGAACCAUUAAAAAGGCCUUUCUGUCUCCCAGAACUGCCCUUAUCAACUUCUUAGUGCAAGAAUAGCAAAGGCUCUGCUGGGCUGUAAAAGGGAACUGGAAUCUUUUGAGAUGAAACCAAUUCAAAAAUACUGGUUAUUUAAAUCUCAUGUAACAGUGGGGAAGAAAUGUUAUUAAAAUCAGGUUGCUGCUAAAUCUUCAUUUCAGUGUGGAGAAAUGCGCAGAAUUAAAGUUUCUUACCAAGUCACGGUAA